AUAACACUGCAAAACAUUGUUGAGCUUCAUCAAGUAUAUAUAUAUAUAUAUAUAUAGCCAUGCUUAAGGCUACAAUUGCAAUUAAGCACGUACUAUGGCUAUCAAAGAGAAACAGCUCUUUCAAACCAUGUUCUUAUUGGCAACAUUCAUAGUUUGUGUAAUAGAGAUUUCCAAUGCUCAAAUUCAAAGGGUAAGUGAUGACGAGUGGGAAAUGGUGGAGAAGAAAGGGAACCAGUUCAUCAUCGGAGACUGGCCAUUUUACGUCAACGGGUUCAAUACAUACUGGCUUAUGAUCUUCGCCGUGGAUCCUUCGACGAGGGCUAAGGUCACCGAUGUCUUUCAGCAAGCUUCAUCGGCCGGUCUCACUGUUUGUCGAACUUGGGCUUUUAAUGAUGGAGGAUGGAGAGCUCUUCAAAAGUCUCCUUCCUCUUAUGAUGAACAAGUAUUUCAGGGGUUAGAUUUUGUGAUAAAUGAAGCGAAGAAGUAUAAGAUUCGACUUAUACUAUCAUUAGUAAACAAUUGGGAAGCAUAUGGAGGGAAAUCACAGUAUGUUCGAUGGGGAAAACAAGCUGGAUUGAAUCUAACUUCAGAGGAUGAUUUCUUCUCUGAUCCCAUAAUUAAAGGCUACUACAAAGCUCAUGUCAAAAACAUUCUUACAAGAGUAAAUACGUAUAAUAAUGUGACUUACAAGGAUGAUCCUACAAUUUUCGCUUGGGAAUUGAUGAAUGAGCCAAGAUGUCUUGCAGAUCCUUCUGGUGAUAUACUACAGGCAUGGAUUGAAGAAAUGGCAUAUCAUGUGAAGUUCAUAGAUAGAAAACAUCUUUUGGGGAUUGGAGUUGAAGGGUUCUAUGGUUCGUCAACUCAAGAGAGGCUGCUAACAAAUCCAAACACUUAUGCAUCAAAAGUUGGGACUGAUUUUAUCAGAAAUCAUCUUGCACUCGGCAUUGAUUUCGCUUCUGCUCACAUAUAUCCUGAUUCCUGGUUAUCAAGCACGGUAUCGGAUUCCUAUCUCCAGUUCGUCGAAUCAUGGAUGGAGGCACAUAUAGAAGACGCGGAGAAGGUGCUCGGAAUGCCGAUAGUGUUCGGAGAGUUUGGAAUAAGCUCAAAGGAUUUGAAGUUCAACUUAACAUUCAGAGAUGAGUUCAUUGAUAGAGUGUACAAGACAAUGUUGAAUUCAACUAGAAAAGGAGGGAGUGGAGGAGGUUCACUAAUUUGGCAGUUAUUUCCAGAAGGAACUGAUUACAUGGAUGAUGGUUAUGCUGUGGUUUUAAGUAAGUCUCCAAAGACUUGUGACAUUGUUUCCCUUCAGUCUUGGAGACUUCAAAACUUCAAUUCAAGGUGUUCUUGGAGAUGCCAUUGGGGUUGUAGAAAGAGAGGCCAUCAAGAUGUCUUUGAUUACAAUGGUGAGCUCUGAUGAAAUAUAAUAUAAGUAAAUACUUCGAAUAAUGUUUUCUAAGUUUGUAUGAUUGAGAACUAUUGGAGGACGAUCCAAUGGCUUUCUGUGUUUUUUCUUUUUUGCACUGUUAUAUACUGUUUACUACUGUAUAUAAAUCAUCAUAACCGCAAAGCCAAUGGUUGCUGUAACACAUUACUUAUUUAUAUUCGCUUUACAACUGGCUUGACUAAAAUCUAGAGAUCUCCCUAGAUGUGCUGCCCUCACAUAUAUAUAUAUAUAUGUGUGUAUAGAGGUUAAGUAAUGUAUAGUGUGAGGAGAGUUGUAUUCUAUGUC